UGAAUCUGCGGUAGUCAGAGUAGGCGGCGAGUGAAGAGACAGAGAUGUUUGAAUAGUUGCUGAGGCGGAAAGAUUGAACAUAAAACCAGCACUGAUAAUCUGUCAAAUUUGAUGCGUUUAUUUCAGUUGGCAGUAUCUAACUGUCACAUAAUUUAUGUAUUAAGGCGUGGUAAAAAAAAGCGCCAGGCUUUGUGUACCAAGCAGAAAACCAGCCGGUGUUCGGAGAGCUGACAGUGGCCGCGCGAGGUGAAUCGUUAGCCCCUCACCGGGAGAGCUAGCCAGCAGUAGUAACCCCGAAAACACAGACAAUUUUGUGCAUGAACGGUGGUCCGAUUGAUUUCAAGUCACUUCGUUGAAUGAGCAUUGACCUCCCUCCACAGGCUGAUCAUGGUGCUAACAGGGAAAAGGGGGCCAGUGUGCUGGAAGAAGAGAGUGAAGUCUGAGUACAUGAGGCUACGACAACUCAAACGCUUCAGACGAGCUGAUGAGGUCAAGAGCAUGUUCAACUCCAACCGUCAGAAGAUUCUGGAACGGACAGACAUUCUGAACCAGGAGUGGAGGACUCGACGCAUCCAGCCUGUUCACAUCAUGACUUCAGUAAGCUCUCUGCGGGGGGCCAGAGAGUGUAUGGUGGACAGCAGCUUCUCAGAGUUCCCCAAGCAGGUGAUCCCUCUGAAGACCCUCAACGCUGUGGCCUCCGUCCCCGUCAUGUACUCCUGGUCGCCCCUGCAGCAGAACUUCAUGGUAGAGGAUGAGACGGUGCUCCACAACAUCCCCUACAUGGGGGACGAGGUUCUGGACCAGGAUGGAACCUUCAUAGAGGAACUCAUCAAGAACUACGACGGCAAAGUCCACGGGGACAGGGAGUGCGGCUUCAUCAACGAUGAGAUCUUUGUGGAGCUGGUGAGCGCCCUCACUCAGUACAGCGACAACGAGGAAGAAGAGGAGGAGGAGCAGGACUUUAAACUGGAGAAGGUGGAGGCGUGCCAGACCAAGGAGCUCUCAGAGGACCCCCCCAAAGAGACCCCCAACGAGGCCCUCGCAGACCCCCCCAAAGACCCCCCCACAGACCCCCUCACAGACACCCUCACAGACCCCCUCACAGACCCCCUCAACAGCACAGAGAGCAGAAGCAGUGAGGACUCGAAGAAGUUUCCCUCUGAUAAGAUCUUUGAAGCCAUCUCCUCCAUGUUCCCUGACAAGGGCUCCACAGAGGAGCUCAAAGAGAAGUACAAAGAGCUGACGGAGCAGCAGCAGCCUGGCGCUCUGCCUCCAGAGUGCACCCCCAACAUCGACGGCCCUCACGCCCGCUCCGUCCAGAGGGAACAGAGCCUCCACUCCUUCCACACGCUGUUCUGCAGACGCUGCUUCAAAUACGACUGCUUCCUGCACCCGUUCCACGCCACCCCCAACACCUACAAGCGUAAGAACAUGGAGAACCAGGUGGACAGCAAGCCCUGCGGCCUGCACUGCUACAUGUACCUGGUCCAGGAGUACCCAGAGGGAGGGGCGGCCGACAGGGGGAAGACUCCCUCCAAACGCACUAUCGUCCGUCGCCGGGGACGACAGCCCAACAGCCGGCCCAGCACCCCCACCGUUGCUUCGGAUACCAAAGACAUGGAUAGUGACAACGAUAAGGAUGAUGACCUUGACAACGAUAAGGAUGAUGACCUUGACAACGAUAAGGAUGACGACCUUGACAACGAUAAGGAGGACGACCUUGACAACGAUAAGGAUGACGACCAUGACAACGAGAAAGAUGACGACCUUGACAACGAUAAGGACGAAGACCUUGACAACGAUAAGAAGGAUGAGACCACCAGCAGCUCAGAGGGGACGUGGCGGUGCCAGACCCCGGUGCAGCUGCAGCUGCUGUGUGAGGCUGAAGCUGUGGACUGGAGUGGGGCCGAGGCUUCUCUCUUCAGAGUGCUCAUAGGAACCUACUACAGCAACUACUGUGCCAUCGCACGCCUCAUAGGCAGCAAGACCUGCAGACAGGUGUAUGAGUUCAGGGUGAAGGAGUCCAGCAUCAUCGCUCGUGCCCCGGCAGAGGACGAGGACACGCCCCCUCGCAAGAAGAGGAAGAGACACAGGCUGUGGGCCACGCACUGCAGGAAGAUCCAGCUAAAAAAAGAUGGCUCCUCCAAUCACGUGUACAACUACCAGCCAUGUGACCACCCCAGGCAGCCAUGUGACUCCUCCUGCCCAUGUGUCACCGCCCAGAACUUCUGCGAGAAAUUCUGCCAGUGCAGCUCUGAGUGCCAGAACCGUUUCCCUGGCUGCAGGUGUAAGGCACAGUGUAACACCAAGCAGUGCCCGUGCUACCUGGCGGUGAGGGAGUGUGACCCUGACCUGUGUCUGACCUGCGGGGCGGCCGAGCACUGGGGCAGCAAGAACCUCUCCUGCAAGAACUGCUCCAUCCAGAGAGGAGCCAAGAAGCACCUGCUGCUAGCUCCAUCUGAUGUGGCAGGGUGGGGCAUCUUCAUCAAGGAGCCCGUCCACAAGAACGAGUUCAUCUCUGAGUACUGUGGAGAGAUCAUCUCCCAGGAUGAGGCUGACCGCAGAGGGAAGGUCUACGACAAAUACAUGUGCAGCUUCCUGUUCAACCUGAACAACGACUUCGUGGUGGACGCCACCAGGAAGGGAAACAAGAUUCGCUUCGCCAACCAUUCCGUUAACCCCAACUGCUAUGCAAAAGUGAUGAUGGUGAAUGGGGACCACAGGAUUGGGAUCUUUGCUAAGAGGGCCAUCCAGACUGGAGAAGAGCUGUUCUUUGACUACAGGUACAGCCAGGCUGACGCCCUGAAGUAUGUGGGGAUCGAGAGAGAGAUGGAGCUGGCCUGAGGCUGCUCCCAGCCCUGUCUGGGUCAACACAACAGCCUUACACACCCACACACACACGCUCCCUCUCUCUUAUUCACACGCACUCACACACACACACACACACACACACUCUCUCUCUCACACUCGCACACACACGCUCUGUCCACUCGUCAGGAAACCCCAGGUGACAGGCCGUGGGUGCAGCUGCAGGAAUCCUUCAGGAGUUAUGGAUCUUUGUCUUUGUCACUGUUCUUUUCUACCAGGCCUUGCUUUUCCCGCCUCUUUCGAGCUCUUUGAUCGUUGUUUUUCUAUCACCAAAUCUUCCUCUUCUGGAACCUGGGACUGGAUGUUACUCUGGUGCUCACAGCAGAAUCACAAGAAACACACCAGACCACUAGUUUGGUGCUACUUUUAUACACGGUGAAUGAAUCACUGAGUCAAUCUGGAAAGUGAAUCACUGAGUUGGUCUGGUGAAUGAAUCACCUGCUGUCUGGUCGAAACUCGUUAUUCAGAACCUUUUAGGAACAAACAUUCCAUCCUUACAGGAUAUCAGAUGUGUGUGUGUGUGUGUGUGUUUGUGUGAGAGAGAGAGUGUGUGUGUCUGUAAAAAUGGUAUGACAAACCAGAUUGUGAGGCGCGCCCCCCCCCCCCCCUCCUGAUCGUCUUGGUUACGUUGUUCACACGCCGCCGCCACCACCACCAGGUGGCCCCACGGCAGUCACUACGGUAACGACGGCCUAGAAUGGUGUGUAACGGUCACCAUGACGACCUGUUCCUGCUGUGUGGUGAUAAACUGAUGUUCUGGUCCUGUCACCAGCACCUAAACUGUCUCCGUGACAACCAAAAUCAUUGUAACUCUUUUAGAUUAUUGUAUUUUUUCCCCCCUUCUCCUUAAUGUAAGGUUUUGUUGUUGUAAGAUAAUCGGAUGUAUUUGGACCCUGAGUCUUCUGCUGUGCCUUGAAUCUUCCUCAGAACGUUGACUAGUACACUUGAUUAGAGCCCUUCGCCACUGUCUAAACACCACUGUUGAUCCCAGAUGUUUUCCUGCAUGAUCAGUAGACCCCAGCGUUGGCAGGACAGCCCAGAGCGCUGGAGGCUGUGGAGUCGGCAUCCCUGGGCGGCUUGGGUCCAUACUCACAACUCCCCUCCUUCCUGUUAGGCUGCAGACACUACGAUACUGCUGUAGGUCUGCCUAGUGAGGAGGAAGGAAGGAAGGAUGUGUGAGGGGAUUGAGACAGGCCCCAAGCUGAAUGAGAGUCGACGUGAAGGGAGACACUUAGAGCACCGCCCCAAGUUACUUAUGGGGGGGGGGGGAGAACAUUUAAAAAGUCAAAUCUCUUGAAUAGUUGAUGCUGUUCUGGGACCUUGUGAAGCCUGGUCCUAGUUUAACUGGUGCUUAUGGAAACUGACUUGCUGAUGAAACGUCUGACUGACUUGAAGCAAUAAUACCAGCCUUGAAUCAAACAAGACACACAGCUUUACUAUGGGGGGUUCCAUCUCUAGUUGGUUUUUCUACCAGGAAUUUAUUGUGGGCUUUAGCUGUGGUGGGCCUAGUGAACAGGCUGAUGUUCAGAGGUGUCUGUCGGUGAGGCUGACGGGUCCUCCACGGUCCUGGUCGUCUGGCGGGGUCCCUUCUGACUGGUGAGGGGUCCCUUCUGACUGGUGAGGGGCCCCUUCUGACUGGUGAGGGGCCCCUUCUGACUGGUGAGGGGCCCCUUCUGACUGGUGAGGGGCCCCUUCUGACUGGUGAGGGGUCCCUUCUGACUGGUGAGAGGUCCCAGACAGCCCUGGGGGUGUACAUUUCUGUUCGGGCGUUAGGGUCGUAGACGGGACCCUCUCCCCUCUUCGUCUGACAGGGCUCCCUGCCACGGUGCUAAAAUGUUUACAGGGAAUACUGUCAAAGUGAUGCAGAAUAAAAUAUUGGAAAAUU